AUCAGGAUCUCGGGGUCCCGUCCUCCACGUUUCCAGCUUGAGUUAGUCCCGGCCAAACGUUCAAACCUGUUUCUCCGACGCUUCUUCCAGAAGCUCAGACUGUUCUCGGCAGCCGAGGCGGCGCCGGAGCCUCCCGCCCCGACGGCGGCCAUGGGGAGCGUGCGAAGCCACCGCUACAGCAUCGUGUCCUCGGAGGAGGACGGCAUGAAGCUGGCCGCCCUCGCCGCCUUGCCCAACGGCUUCGGCAACGGCAACGCCAAGAAGGUGCAGACGCAGCGGCUGCACCAGAGCCGCUUCGUCAAGAAGGACGGCCACUGCAACGUUCAGUUCAUCAACAUGAGCGAGAAGGGUCAGCGCUACCUGGCCGACAUCUUCACCACCUGCGUGGACAUCCGCUGGCGCUGGAUGCUGCUGGUCUUCUGCUUCUCCUUCCUCAUGUCCUGGCUGUUCUUCGGCUUCGUCUUCUGGCUGGUGGCGUUCUGCUACGGCGACCUGCAGAGCGAGAGGCAGACGUGCGUCUCCAACGUCAACAGCUUCACCGCCGCCUUCCUCUUCUCCGUGGAGACGCAGACCACCAUCGGCUACGGCUACCGCUACGUCACCGAGGAGUGCCCCAUCGCCGUCUUCGUGGUGGUCUUCCAGAGCAUCGUGGGCUGCAUCAUCGACGCCUUCAUCAUCGGCGCCGUCAUGGCCAAGAUGGCCAAGCCCAAGAAGAGGAACGAGACGCUGGUGUUCAGCCACUACGCCACGGUGGCCAUGCGGGACAGCAAGCUGUGUCUGAUGUGGCGCGUGGGGAACCUGAGGAAGAGCCACCUGGUGGAGGCCCACGUGCGCGCGCAGCUCCUCAAGUCGCGCACCACGGCCGAGGGCGAGUUCAUCCCGCUGGACCAGGCGGACAUCGACGUGGGCUUCGACAGCGGCGUCGACCGCAUCUUCCUGGUGUCGCCCAUCACCAUCGUGCACCAGAUCGACGAGCACAGCCCCUUCUAUGAGCUGAGCAAGCAGGACCUCGAGACGGCCGACUUUGAGAUCGUGGUCAUCCUGGAGGGCAUGGUGGAGGCCACGGCCAUGACCACGCAGUGCCGCAGCUCCUACGUGGCCAGCGAGGUGCUGUGGGGGCACCGCUUCGAGCCGGUGCUCUUCGAGGAGAAGAACUACUACAAGGUGGACUACUCCCGCUUCGAGAACACCUACGAGGUGCCCAGCACGCCGCACUGCAGCGCCCGCGAGCUGGCCGAGAGGAAGAGCAGCGCCGCCAGCUCCAGGAACUCCUUCUGCUACGAGAACGAGGUGGCCCUGGAGAAGGUGGAGCAGGAGGAGGAGCUGGGGGCGGAGGAGAAGGAGGAGGUGGUGAAGGAUAAGGGGGGGGAGGCGGCGGAGAUCAAGGGGGGCUUUGAGAACGUGGCUCUGGAGGCCAUGGAGAGGGACGACCCCGCGUCGGACUCUGACGACAAUGGGGACACUGUGCCCCCAGAGGCGAGGCCUUUGAGAAUAGAGUCGGAGAUAUGACCGCAGAGGGGGUUGAUACUACUACCAUAGAGUAUGUUACCGGUCGGAUGAAUGUGGCUCCUAAUUGCUGACUGCAGUCGAGUGUUCACGGACAAAGCUGGUGUGUUUUGUAUGUUCUACUCGCCAGUAUCCCCCAACGAAACCAAUACCCCCCAUAAUUGAGUCAACGACGACAGAUAGACGGUUCUAUACUUUGGAGCCAUUCGCUUCCGCGUUGUUCCAAAAGUACGUUGUGCGUUGACUUAACACACCGUUCCGGUUACUCUAGUUUGUGACAUCCACGCUACGCUUUCAUUUUAAAACAGCUGUUAAGUGACACACUGGAUGAGAAGUUAUUAAACCCUACUUGUAAACCGUUUCUUAACCAUACCGGCCUUCAUAUUCAAAACAUUUGAUAUGUUAAUGAACUGCGGGGACGGACCAAAGUAACAGAACAACAGUCAAUGUUGUUUUGGCCUCCGGUUGAAGUCUGUGGCACCAGAGAAAGGAAAGGCUCGUGUCUUAAAGGACACUGAGGAGGUCCGUGUAGGGUUGGGCGAGGACUGGAGCCCCACCGGUCACGUCCUCUGGGGGUUAGCGCUGAACGGCUGAGUCACCAGAGCAUGCGUUCUUUUAUUUAUGGAGAGGAAUUGGUGAGAUGAAUCAAGGAGGCUGUGGAUCCCCUUUCACCGCGGGUGGAAACGAGGGGCGCCCGUCCGUGUCGGUGCAUGUUGUCGUCCUCUUGAGAGUUAGUCUCUGCCGUAGAAUAGAUGAAGGCAUUGAUUUAAACCCAAAGCAUGUAUUUAAAUCUAAUGUCUCAACUGGCCCGUGAUAGAAUAUCAACAUAGCAGUCCGCACCUGUUGUUUUAUUGAUCCCACUAUGUCCUUUGACGAAACCUUCAAAAUGUUCACCUGAGCUUCCUGGUGGUAAUGGCGUAUUAAAAAAAAGAAACACCCAAAAAAUAGAACUACACCAUUGAAUUAAAACAAAAUGAGGCGACCGAUAAUUACCAUCCAAACUCAGUGUACUUGCAUCAAUUCAAUUCAAUUCAAUUUUAUUUGUAUAGCCCUUAAUCACCAUUACAGUCUCAAAGGGCUUAACAGGCCAAAUAUUUAUGACACUGCAUCUUGUGCUCUGAACGAGUCUUAGGUCAGUUAAGAACCCACUCGCAGGAAGAACCUCCAUGAGACGGUCUCAAAGCAAAGUAACGAGCCUAUUCCCAUGAAUCCACUGGUUUAUUCUGUGCUAUUGAUCGUUCUUACUCUCAAAUGUGUUCAUCAUGCAGGCAUGGGCGUGUGUGUUGCGAGCGCAUCCCUGCGCAGGCAUGAAUGUGUGCGUGACUGAGCAUGCAUGCAUGUGUGAGUGAAUCUGUGUUUGUGUACGUUUGCACACGCAGACACACUUUAUCUGUCUUUGUGAAGAGAGAGCGGGACGGACAGAGGCCGUGGUUGGUGGAGGGAGGGGGGGGGGGGGGGUGGGGGGGGAGGGUCGUUGCGCAUCAUGCUCCUCAAUGCAUGCUCUCCUGGUCUAAGUAUAGCGACACUCGCCACGUGAGCCUUAAAAAUGCCGUCCCGGCAGCGGACUGCAGUGGGGAGCUUCUGCAUUUGACACAGCUCAGGACAGUGACAAUGGGACCAGAAGCGCUACGGUCUGAGGGGUGUACGGCCCGGCCGCCCGGACAGCUCCUGCGAAACCUGACAAAGCACGUGCAAUACAGCUCAGAGUCGGAGCCAGGACACUGUGGGACCCAGCCGCACCCCGGAGCUGGAAGUGACUGGAGCAAACGAGGACGUCUAUGACCAGCGCUGCUGAUUUACGUAUUGUUUGGUUAGGAAGUAACUUAGGAGCCAAAAUGUAUUAUUUGUCUUUUGAAGUCUGCAUUUUGAAUAGGACAGCGGUUGCAUUCUGCUCUGUUUGUGUAUUUGGGGGAGCAGAGAGUUUACCCUCAGAGCAUCCCACGAGAUGAUCUCCCCUCGUGCUAGAGAUCGCUUCCUUUGUUAGCCAAAUGUAUAGAAAUUGGACCCCUGUACCCCGCCCCCCCCCCCCCCCCCCCCCCCGCCCCAGUCAUGGACGAUUGAGACAAUAAACCUGGCAGAGAGUUAGCAUGCAUCAUCUGACCGGGUGUGGAGUUCAUUCGGAGCAGUGUUGGAUCCCCAUUUUAACUAUUUUGACCGCGUUCCCUGACUUCAGAGGGUCUGGUGGAGAGCACAGACAUGUCAUUUCUGAAUGGACCCUUUUGUUUUUAACCAUUUUAAAUGUGCUAUGUUUUGAAACAGUAACAGAUACACCAAGGCAGGUUUCCUUUUAUAGUCAGGCCCUCGAACUCCGGACACAAAAUCGACGCAAACGCAAAACAAAUGAACCCAACCCAGUUAAAAGAGACAUCCCUGGUUUUAAACCAUGAAACAAUCCUGCUAUGACGACUGGUUUGAUCAUUUCAACAGAGGCCCCCACUUCCUCCACUCCUCUCAGCGUUAACGCGACCUCCUCCUCAUAGCAUCUCUCUACUCCCCCAGGGGUUUUUAUGUUCCGCCGUGGGUCCGUCAGCUCCCCGGGGGCUACAGAGACUGUGCAGGGGUUCAUUCUGUUGUUCGGUGACGGUAUGCAGACUCUGUACAUUAAUAUAUUGUGCAGUUGUUCAAAACUGUAACACAUCCUGUUUUCCAAUAAAAAAAAAAAGAAAA